UUUUUCCCUACUGCCUUCUUCCGUUGUUGUGUUGUGUGUACGCUCAGCUUGUGUGUUGUGUGUGUUCUCAGAUCAGUCCUGGACCAGCGCGGUCAGAGUCAUGUUGUUGAAUAAUGUUUGCGAUCCCGUCGUGGUUUCGGCGGUUAGAACCUGCCAAAUAGUGAAAAAAUACUUUUCAUUAGAGUUGUUCAUAUUGCUUUUUUUUCUUGUGUACAUCGUGCGCUAAGUGUUUGAAUUUUGUGAUUGCCCGGUACAGCUGGGGAGGGUAGUUGCGCCGUUGGGCUGUCAUCGCUACCCUGGGCAAUUGGCUGGAUAUGCAUAAAACAAAUCCCAGCUCCGUCGCUGGGUCGUAACUAGCUGAACAACGUAAUUUCGCUAGUUGUUCAUCUGACUGUGUGCCUUUAUCUUUACGUCGUAAAUCUAUUGUUUGAUGUAUUUUAAACUGCUGGUGAAAGGCGCACCGAUUUUCCGUUCUUCACCUCACAAUCAUUCGCAUCAUCAUCAUCAUCAUGUUCAUCAUCACCAUCAUCAUCACCAGCAUCAUAGAGCAUGUAUUACGUGUCGGCCUAAACUCCCCGGGGGUCUCGAUGUGUAGUGAUUUGCAAGACUCAACAAGAAGGCAGUGAAACGGCAGCAAAACUUUAUGUCCUGUGAUGUCCCUCUUUUCGUCGACUAGUGAUUUAUUAUUUUGGAUGCUUUAUCCUUUGAAUAAAAAUUUUAAAACUGUUGUUUGAAGGUGUAUAUCCGGCAAGUUGCAGAGUGCUUAUCAGAUCUACAGUUUUUGUUAGUGGCAAAGUUUGAUUGUAGUUUUGUGCUUCGGAAUAUAUCGUCACGUUGCCUAAAUAAAUAAAUAAAUAAUCUAAAAAACAAAUCAUGUCAUCAAGUUCUCAAAGAAAUGACCACAAAAUCGUAGAAUUCAACCACAGAAAACUGAUUUCCCAUCUAAAUUGAGCUCCGUAUUCAACGAAGUGGACGCUGAAAAUACUCCAGUUGAGCAAAAAGAGAACGUGCACGGCGAACCCACCACAGAAAAGGGAUACUUCUGAAGACACACUGUGAUUCCCAUUUCCAUAAUCGACAUGGCGUCGUCAUUUGUGAACUGUUCCUAUGCACCCGAGGCGGGUGUUGGCGAUGCGACAGUCUUUAAUUAUUCGGACCGAACUGGAAGCGGCGCGCUGGACGAACGUGACAAGAGAACGACACGUGCCGGCAGUCUGACAAAUCACUCACUGUUGAAUUUACUGGAGCAGAAACACAAACUGUUGGAGGCAAUCAAUUUGGCGCCUCCACCGAAAGGCACCAGCGGGCGGCGUCAUUCGUCUGAUUCGUUCCCGAUGAUUGAAAAUGAAAAUUUUCAGAUCCCUCAGCGACAAAUCAAGAAACCACCCGGGUUACAACUUGUUCCUCCACCUGUGCCAAAGCGAACAUUUCAAGGCAAGUUUACUCAUCGACAAGCGGAAUCAUUCGACGGUCCCAAUCGAUCGCCGGGUGUAACGUAUGAAGGUUAUCACCAGCAGCCAAAGAGCUACUCCCAGUAUCGUCCCGAUAGGAUUUGCCAGUCUGCAUUUGAUGAGCAGACAUUUGGAUUUUUUGCAACGAAUAAAACCAAAACCAUCGGUUCCUGCCAUACUAGUGUAAGUACGACUAGCUUCGAUGACCUUGGAGACACGGAUGACUUUGUGAUAUUCAACAAAAAGAUGUCCUCGAUAGAGUCCAACCGUUCGUCCAGUGAUUCAAAUAAAUCACAAACAACCAUUGAUACCGGCUACGUGUCGGCGAAUGAAAAUGAUCGAUCUAUCUUCACAACGGCAGGCUCUACUAAAGGCACCUUCCGAAGUAGAUUUUCAUCCGAAGACACCCAAUCGUCGUUGGACAGCUUCCUUUCAUCCGAACUGCAUCGAACUGACACCAUAGAUUCGCUGCAAAUGAAUGAUUCACCCUUCAGUUUGAAGAAAAACGUGUUCAACUUUGACGCCAAAAGUAACCAUAUCCGAACAUCCAGUUCAGUGUCACCUAACUCAAACGAUGAAAAAAUCGACAACAGCUCGCUUCGUAGCAUUGAAAGUAAAAGUUCUCGUCGGCUGCCAAUGGUCCCGACCAGAAAACAAAAUAACAUGCCUCCAAAAAUCCCACCACCCACACGAAUCACUACUCCUCCUGCGUUGCCUUCGCGCUCUCAGCAGGCAUUCGAGUCUCGCAAGCUACACAAAAUUCAACAACAGCAACAACAGCAGCAGCUCAAUAAUGCACUCUUAAGUCACAAAUCCAGCCUAGAGAAUGUCCAAGAGCUUUACAGCCGCCCGACAGGUUUCCGGCGGUCGAUGCAGACUACACCUUCGCUCAAUCAGCUGCAUCACUCGAAAAUCAACCAACGACAGGAUUCCAACAUAUCAAGCGACAGCUUCUCGGCUACCUCAAGCCCAGGGUAUAACAGUAAAAAUAUGGAAGCUCCCCUGCUGCAGCACACCUGCAAAAUGAACCGCUCAACGAUGCGAAGCCAUCAAAUACAGCAACAGCAGCAGCAACAACAGCAACAACAACAACACCAUCAUCAACAGCAACACAGCCAGAAACCCCUAAACAACCAGCAGGACGCUAGUAAAAGUUCUACGGACAACCUCAAUCCGGCCACCGUACGAUCCGUACCACCGCGAGUCAGUAUGCGACAGGACUCCAGCAUUUCCAGCGAUAGUUUCAGCCAAACCUCCAGUCCGAGUUACAACACCAAAAUCAUGGAAGCACCGCUACUAUCGCAUGCCGCCAAAAUGCCUAAGGUUGCGAAACCGAUCGCACGGAAUAUGGACGAAAUUACCAAGGACAACAAUGGCGAACCGAACGGUUCUUCCGUGAUUAUCAAAAGUGCAUCGACGCCAGCCAGUUUGCAGACGAUCGUACGACUAUCGAACGGAUCGAAUGUGUCGCUCCAGGGAAAGAAACUGCAGAUCCUCAAAUCGCGGAAAAGCACCGGACGGUGUCCAUACAGCAGUCGGACGAAAUUUCGUAUGUGCCAGAUCGCGGUCAACGCAAUUCUCCUGAUAGCGCUUGCAGCCGGGCUAGCCUCCUACCUGAGCCAGAAUCCGGUCGUGACCUAUGUUAACCAGACAACAGUCGUGCGCACGAUAAAUAACCGACCGCCGAUGGCAGAACCUACGGCUCCGCCACCCUUCAAGCUGGAUAAAAAUCCGGCACCCGGUGUCUGCCUGCCGGUGAUUGUCAAGUUCUGCCAACAGCACAAAGUUCCCUACAACUACACCGUUUUUCCCAACUAUAUCGGACACUUCGGCCAGCCGGAAGCACAAAUGGAAAUUGAUCUUUUUGAGGCGCUGGUCGACGUUCAAUGCUACGAGCUUGUUCCACUAUUCUUAUGUUCUCUGUUUGUGCCUAAAUGCGGCACCACCGGGACGACGGUGCCGCCCUGUAAAAGUCUGUGUACUGAAACUAUGCGUCGGUGUAGCUUCUUUUUCGAUGUCUUUGGACUGGAACUGCCAGAGUAUCUUCGGUGUCCAAUUUUUAGCGACGCAGUGUCCGACCAGGAAGAGUGCGUCGGGAUGGCUGAGUAUAAGGAAUCUUUGUUGCGAGCGAGAAGACCUGUCAGCUGUUCGGGAUUUCUGUGCGACAAACGGCGUUGCAUUCCGAGCGACUGGCGAUGUGAUGGACACGUGGACUGUCAAGAUCAGACGGACGAGUCACACUGUGAGUUUUGCGGGGAAAAUGCCAUUCACUGUGGCGAUGGGCGGUGUAUGAGCCAGAAACACGUGUGCGAUGGUGUUCAGGACUGUCCGUAUGGUCAAGAUGAGAGAAACUGCAUUCGCUUAAGUGAACGGAACGGAGACUUGGGUCGAGGAACUUUGGAAGUAUACAAAGCGGACAUGAAACAGUGGGCUCCAGCGUGUGUGAAAAAUUGGGACCCGGCGACUUCGCCUACGCUGAUCUGUUCAAUGCUAGGAUACAGCUCAGUUAAUUCAAGUCGGACUACCAUGCGGGGCUCCAAUCGGACGCUUGUAGGCAGCAAGGAUGCCUCCUCAAUGUGGCGAAUGUAUCAGAAAAAGCACACUAACAUGAUAAAAGAGUUCAACAGUUGCGAGAUUAACUCAAGAUAUCCAGUGGCGGAAUUGACGUGCUCUAAUUUUGAAUGUGGAAAAGUUCCCAACAAAAAGUAUCACAAACCACAAACUCGUAUAGUGGGAGGAACAUCAUCCAAACCCGGUGACUGGCCCUUCAUUGCGGCUAUUCUCGGCGGGCCGGAGGAGAUAUUCUACUGUGCCGGAGUCCUGAUCGCCGACCAAUGGGUCCUGACGGCAUCGCACUGCAUUGGGAACCACACGAUGCGUAAUGUCAACGAUUGGACAAUUCAGCUGGGAAUCACCAGACGCCACUCGCACACUUACUACGGUCAGCGGGUGAAGGUCAAGGCGGUGAUACCACAUCCCCUGUACAACUUGUACAUCCCACACGACAACGAUAUCGCUCUGUUUCAGCUCGCUACCCGGGUCGCUUUCCACGAGCAUUUGCUGCCGGUUUGUCUCCCACCACUCCACAUGCGCGAACUGCUGCCCGGGACCAACUGCACCGUCGUAGGCUGGGGAAAGCGUGAGGACAGCUCACUUCCAAAUGGUGUGACAUACGAACCCGCACUGAACGAAGUCAAUGUUCCCAUACUGAACCGAGACCUGUGCAUCGAGUGGCUGGAGAAUCUGAACGUCACUGAGGGAAUGAUUUGCGCCGGUUACCAGGAAGGCGGCCGCGAUGCAUGUCAGGGGGACUCUGGUGGUCCAUUGCUGUGUCCUUAUCCGAACGAAAAGGAUCGCUGGUUUGUCGGCGGUAUCGUAUCAUGGGGCGUACGCUGUGCCCAUCCCAAGCUGCCGGGGGUGUACGCAAACGUGCCGAAGUUUCACCCGUGGAUUUUGUCCCAGAUAAACAACCAUUCCGUGCUACAGACGGACACUAUUGGCCGAUAAUUGGAGCCAUCCGGUGGUAUCGAUUGGCAGUUAGUGUCCGAUGGAGAACAACAAAAGCAGACACCCCAAAAAGCUGACAAUAAACGAAAGAAGAAAACAUCAACUUUAAUGCCAUUAGACGAAAGCUUGUCUAUCAACAUCGCGCGUAAAUGGUAUGGUCGAGCUAAAGGCAAGUACAUAAUAUAUACAUCGAGGUAAUCAAUUUCGCUUUUUGUGGCGGAAUAGUUAGCUAUGAAGUAAGACAAUAAAUAAAUGCCCUGAUAUUUACACAUAUCGCAAAAAGUAGGCAUGACGGUAAAGAAAAGACAAUAAAAUCUGACUCAAAUUUUUAGAAGUUGUUUUGGUACGACAAUAAUAUGUUUAGAAAAUAAAUAUCGCACAUUAUACAAGAAAAACAGCAACUGAAGGCGCAGGAAUGAAUUUACAAUCUUGUUUAAUGAAAACGGCAUUAAAUUCUAGGAAGUUAUCACCAGCACAUCAGAGAAUGGGGAACCGACUUUGAUCCUGAUGUUGUUUGUCACACACUAGUAAAAGAUCAACUGCAAAUAGGAAAUGUUCUACAACAGCAUACCAGUGGAGAGUAACCAGCAGAAGUGAUAGGAAAAAAGGAAGAUUUCCAAGCAAUUUGCUAUACAACGUAGUCAUACAUAGUAUUCCUACCCACAUGAUUCAUAGCUUUUCCUAGUCUCACACAGCUGAUGAAAGUAGGAGUUAUACAAUCUUCAUGGAGUGUUUGAGCGAAAAGCAAAUACGAAGCUUCUAUUGAAAAAUAAAACAGAACUGGAUAUUUUAAAUCGAUGGCAGAACCAUUUAAGGAAUCAUGAAUACCAUACAUUGCCAACCAGAAUUAAAAAUUUGCAUACUUAAUGUCUGAUUUCAAAUAAGAUUUUUUGACUUUGUACACAAUUAAAAAUCUUUGCAUUUUUAGCAUCAAAUCUUCAUCAAAAGCUGACCAUUGCAAAUUUUAAAACCUACCCAAGUCGCUUGUGUACAACACUGUUACAAAAAACCUGUUUUCAUCCUUUUCAAUUCCAACUAGUGAAAGCCCGGAAGAUAGAACGUAUGCAUUAUUGCUGCAGCUGGCAAACGAUAUAUGCCUAUGAUUGAAACUUUUCACCAACACUCUAACCAAAGCAAACACUACCUAGUUUCCAGUAGCAAGAAUGACAUCUAAAACGAAGGAAAAAUCCAGCAUUCAAAAAUCUUCUUCCAUGCACACGCUACAAUGUUCCGUAAAACUCCCACCACCCACUACACAAACGAUGGUUUCUUUGAACCAGCCAUGAUCCGGAGUGCCUGUUAGAUCCGUGCACCGUCGCAUCUUGCUGUCGACGCCGACAAUUUUGCGAUAAUGCGGUUUUAGAAGAAGGCUUGUGCAGUAAACGCUAUUCACGUUUACUACGGCGACAUUAGAAAUACAUACAGCAAGCGAAUAAAAUCAUGGACUAAUUUGAACCGUUCUUAGCCGAAACAGAUUCAAAUGGAAGGCCAAAUAGACAACCAGAUUCGCAUUUGUUUUCGAAUAAUUUUUAUGAGAAUACCAGCUAUUCAAUUUUAUCGAAACAUCAAGAUUUUGCGAAAAUCUCCUACAGUUUUAGCUAGCUGAUUCAAUUUGCACAAUUUCGGUUUCAAGAGAGUCCAUUAUCAACAAAAGGUAUUCUCGGUUUACUAGAUCGGAUUCUCUCUCUCUUUUACAACAUCUCGAGCACAAACCAGCGCAAUGCAUUGCAUAGCAGCCUAAUGCGACAAUACGGUUGGAGGAUGCUCUCCUUCGCACUCCAAAUCAAAAUUCUCAUCAUUCGAUCUGCGCAUCAAAAACGUUUCUGUAGGCCAUUUUUCGAAGCGGUGUCCUGGCCUCCAUGGAACUCUGUUGGCUCGAGACACGCACUUCAGGUAGAAACCUUUUCAUGACAUUAUGCACAUUCACAGAAUACGUCGCGUUCUGUACUGUACAUUAGGGUGGGACAAAAAUUAGAUUCCUGUUUCGAGCAACUUUUUAGGUUCCAUUUGGGUCCUAGAACAACUGUGCAAAUUCUUAGCUCGAUCAGUGAAACUAUAUUUUUGCGCCCGUUGUUUAAAGUUUGCAUGGGAUUUUGUAUGGGAAAAUUAACGUUCACAAAAUAAUUCCUCCAGGAGUCGCCCAUUGCUUCCUAAAAAUAAAUCGUUAUAUGACUUUUAUGGGAAAUUUAACAAAGAAACAAAGUCUCGAAGACCACAAAACGAUCAGAUGCUUGAGAAAAAGUUAUUAAGCAGAAACCGAUUGAUGCUCUAACGAUUUAUAAAAUAUUCAUUUUUUCUAGCACCACUGCACCCUUGUAAUCAAUUAUCUAUACUGUUUGGCCACUUCACAAGAUCUUCAGGAAUUAAUUGAGGCUUCUUUUGUACAUAAAAAGAGAAAGUUCACAAUUUUGUGUAUAAUUCAACCCAGGGCCGUCGAGAGCCGCGUCGGACCCCCGCGACUUGUAUUACUGCCGGGCCCUUUUAAUCCAAAGCCCUCUAGUUCAGUAUGAGUUAGUUCCCCUUCAGCCAUGGGAAACUCAUGAGUCCGUGGUUUCUAUUAGUCUCCAGUUGACUCAUAUUGCCACAUCCACAGAUAGCGUGCCAGACAGACGAAUUUCGCAGGUUCUUAUUCCGUGGUAUCCAAAGCGGGUAAAAUUGCCAUAGCUACGAGUUUUUCAAUUUGCGGGUACUCAGUAAUCAGGAAGCAGUAGCGUCUAGCUCAAAUGGCACGUUCGCCAUAUUGAUCAGAGAUUUGUGCCUUGCCAUCAAUCCCCACCCACCCUUCCUCUCUUCUUUUGUCUGACCAGUGGCGGCGCGAGGUGUUUUGUCGCUCGGGGCCAAACAUUAAAUUUGCCGCCCCUUUACAACGAAUUUUCAAAAAAGUUCAACUAUGUCCCACCUUUUCACAUGAAAUGAAUAUGAUAAAGGUAUUAGAAAGGAUCUACACAAAAAUGAACUUUUUCACAUUUUAUUGUCAAUAUUUUGUCCUGGCGGUAGUGUUGCGCAUAAAUUUCCUCGCGAAAGGUGUGGCUACGACUCCGUUCACAUGUUCGCUCCGCGCUCAUGUCCUUUAAUUAUGGCAAUAAUUGGUGCCUAAAAUUUUCUUGUUUGAGCAAAGAGACGGCAUUCUUCAUUUGGUUUAUGACUACUGGUACACCUUCUAUAAAAUAUUACAUAUUAAAAAAACUGAUCAAGGAAUUGGAUAAAUCAUUUUAAAAUACUAUUUUUGUGAGAUACUGGCGAUCAACUUUUUUUUAAAUUCUCUAGCUAAACAUUCAGAGCAACAUAAUUUUCUUUUAACCCCUAUCAAACCCAUUUUAUUUAUAAACAAUAACGUUUAUCAAUUUUUGGCUAAGGAAAGACUAGCUUACAGAACUAAUUAUUGAGACGAUUAAAUUUCAUUUGAGCACUAGCACAUAUAAGUAAUAUUCAUAGAACUGAUGUAAUUGCAAUUUGUCUGGAUAGAUCCCGGUGAAACAGUGCUGCCAAAGACAGUGGGCAUAACAUAAAUUUUUGAUAUCUUUAUGAUGGCUCGAAUUAUUAUUGAAAACUGAUAGACUCAAUUAAGACGUCUUUGACUACCUUUUCCAUACUAUUUGAUUAUAGUAAUCAUUGUAAGGGAAUUGUAUUGAGCAUCGGAUCAUUAGACCGGUUCUCUUAUCGACUAUGCUGGACCAACGCACCUGAUUUUUAGCAGGAACGGAAACACCUUUCCAAUGGAAUUAAUAGAUUGAAAAUACAAAGUAUACUUUUUGAGUUAGAGACAUUUAAAAACAAACAAGUUGUUUACAAAAAAAAAGUUCAAUAGCUUUGUAGUUGAGUUUUGAUAGUUUGUGUAGAACGAUUUUUUCCCCAAAUACAACUCUCUAUCACCGCUCGAGAGAUUCUUAACCAUGAACCAAACACUCUGUAUAUGAUAGAGUUCCCUGGUUUAAUCCCAGCAAAUUAGUCUGCAUACUCCCACUACUUCAAGUUCGUUCGGAAACUAAUCUCAGUUGAAUCUUUUGAGACUGAGCAAUAUGUAUAUAAUUUUGUUCGAUUGCAUCCGUCGUCUUGAUCCCCUACUUUUUAAUAGUCAAUCGCCAAAAUAAUAUAAAUUCAAGCGUUUCACCCACACUUGAUUUUGAUCGUGAUUAUUGAAACUUGAAGAAUUAUUAAAAAAUGAAAUAGAAAUUUGUUUAGUAGGAAAUGCCGCCCCCUGAUUUUGCCGCUCGGGGCGGUUGCCCCCUUCGCCCCCCCCUUAGCGCCGCCACUGUGUCUGACAAACCGACUAUUUAAAUUGACGAAUUAGUGCCUAUAGAAAUGGGAUUCGAUCCGCAGUCGAAAACCUUUAGUUUAGGUGACUAUUGGAACGCAUACGUAUAAUUGAUAUUGUUCGGUGUCUCAAAGAACUAUAAGAAGAUUCUAUAUUAACACUUAGAGUAUUCUAUAAAAUCUUUAUAGCAUUUAUCUUCAAAAGCUUUUUAGCAUGAUGUCUAUGUUCUGUAUGUCGAUAUAGUGCUAGAUUUAAUGCUUUACAUUUUAGGUGCAUUGAAGCAUUAAAAAUACUUGUAUACGUCCAGUUAGCAAUGGAAAUGCUAACUUAUAGCUUAUCUAGAAUUUUAAUUUUGCUCUUAUGGUUAUUUGGGUAACGACAAAAAACAAAGCUGAGCAUUCUGCGCCUGCCUGAACGAUCUGCAGGUGUUUCAAAAGCAGAAAUAAUACUUCCAACCCCCGGAAGAAUUUGGAAUUUUUAUUUUAACAGUGAGCCGAUAUAUUUCAUUUCGCGAAACAAACAGUUCUACUUGAUUGACGGUCUGGAACAUAAUCAGUACGCUAUGUCUAACAUGGUGAAAUUGUAGGGUGUAAACACUGGUCAUAGUGGUUUGCAACACGACAUUUUGUUUCUACUGUGCAGACAAAGCGAUACACGGACUGAUUUAUUUGCUGGUAGCAAUGGAGCAGUUUUUAGCUUUUCUUGUAAGCAAAAUGAGAAGGUAGCAGAUGCAGCUCGAAAUUCUCGUUUAAAAUUAUUACAUCAAAAAUAUUUUCAAUUUAUAUAAGUUUAUCUCAUAUUGAAUCCAAGAAAACCGUUACUAAUCGUUGAUUUUAUGCAGGUUUAAAAAAUAAACAAUGUAAUAUGGCUAACGUGUUAAUUAAGGUCAGUCUACCUUCUCAUCUCGCCUACAAUAGAAACUAAAAAUCGUUCCGCUAUAUAUACAAGGCAAAAACGACUGCAGACGAAUUGUGUUACUAUUGAUUUUUGGAAAUGUCUUGUAAGACCAGCUACUCGGGAAGUGAAAUAAAUAAUAAAUGUGCAGAUUGUGCUCAAACCAGGAGAAGUAAACGCACUGUAAAUGCACCAUAUCAAACAUUAAGAAACAUUCGCGGAACAACGUGCAGCACAUCAACGAAAGCUGUCACAUAACAACAUCAUCCCCGUAUACAUAGGCAAGGGCUCCAGAGAGAUGUGCUUACACGAAUUGUCUCCAUAUGCCUCUGACAUCGUGAUUACCAAUUUAUGUCAAGAUACGGAGAAGUGGCUUCCAUAAGAGCUGUAACUUGGCAUUUUUCCAGGUAUCCCUAACUUUGUUCUUACAAUACUUCCGUACAAACCAACUUUUUCAUACGUAACCGUUUUAUGCGGAUCAGCCAAAAAUGGAACGUUUCAUCAGACGAUACUGGUUAUGCAACCAUGGUAUGUGCGAAUUCUACAAAGACAUUGCACCACGCAAAACUUUGUGCAAAAGCAGCUAAGAAAAGCACACCUGCUAUAACCGUAAACAGCAUCUUAUGCCAAACCAUAAACGACUACAAAACCAAUAUCUACGGAUCUGACAGGAACAAAUAUUCACUCAUCAACAAUCACGCCCAGUGUCUCCAUACAUUAAAUUGGCUUCUCAAUAUUUUGUAGUGUAUUCCGUCGAUUCAAGCAAUAAAACUCAUUUUUUAAACUUGUACAAAAAGUAGACAACUCCCUUAAGAACGAUUGUUUUAACAAAUGUCAACUAUCAAAAAAAGUUUUCAUUUUUAUACGUUUUCAUCAUAUAACAAUUUAUUAAGGCGAAAUUACUGUUGCUAUUUUUUGAUCUUCUAUGAAUACCGGACGUGUUCGCCAAUCUUUCGCCAAUGCCUCCUCUCUCAUCGGGCCUGCAACCGUCAUAAGCAUGAAAAGUAAAAUUUUCAUCAAUCUUCAGGCAUCAAUCGAUUUUUGCCUUAUAACUUUUUCCACCAGCAUCAGAUCGUUUUACGGUCUUCUAGGCUUUGUUUCCUUGACAAAUUUCCUAUAAAAAUCAGGCAUCUAUAUAUUAUUAGGAGGUAACGGGCGACUCUUGGAAGAAUUAUUUUGCAACACUUUAAACCGCGGGCCCUAUAGUUUCAACAAACGAGCUUAAAAUUUGCCGACUUCUUCUGGGAGCUAAAUGCGACAUAAAAAGUUACUCGGAACAAAAUUUUAUUUUUUUCAUAUAACCGUGUCCCACUCUACUGUACAUGUAUACAUGUCUAGAGAAAGUAUUUCACGGGUUGAUCUGUAGAGGUAUAGCAAACUAAAAACGAAAAUUUUGGUCAAAAUUGUUAAUCCGCCAUAUUGGAAUCGCCAUUUUUUUUUUUAUGCAUAUUAACAAAAAUUCGUGUUUAGUAUUUUUGGUAGUAGGAGUCCGCCAUAUUGGAUCUGCUAUUUUAAAUUUCGGGAAACUGACUUAAGAUUGGCAAUGAGCGAUGUCUAAAAACCAUAAUUCUAUGUAAUUGUUACAAAAUAUUGAAAUUCUAUCACGAAUAAUUCAUCGAAAAUGUUCUCAAACUUUUAAACGCGUUUAUCUCAAAACAUGAUUUUUUUUAAAACUGCGUGCAAUCCCAUUUGGAAACGGUUCAAUAUAAAAACUUCUUUUAACUUCUCGAAAGAAAACCUUUUUCAUUGGAGGGAUGACCUAUAAAAUCUACAAAUUCUUUGUAUUCAUUAUUUUUAGUUAAGCUGUAAAGUGGAGAAAGGGCCAAUAAAUCGAUCUCAAAGUUUGAGAUCGCACCAUUACCUCAAAUUUGAAGUUUUUAGCUGCUCUUAGAUCAUCUCUCUAAUAAAUUUAGUUUACUUUAGAGCCUUAUUAUUAGUUUUGUGUUUCAGAGCCAUCCUGAGACAGAACAGGCUGUACGCAGUUUUAGAAUUCCACGUGCACCUAACCUCAGACGUCACCACGGGAGCCAUUUUGUUUUUUCGUCUUGAAAAACAAUGUAACUGAAGACGAACAUAUGAGCUUUUUGAAUCCUGAAACUGUUUCCUUCUAUUUUUUUCUUUGGCUCACAAAAAAUUUCAAGUUUUUCUUAGUUUUUGUUCAUUUGAAUGAGAACCUUCCCUUAAUACAAAAUCGUUGUAAUUAUUUUUGACCAAAUAAAAUGUUUCAUUCAGUACAACGGGAGUUAUACAUAAAACCGUUAAACUAACAUUGCCACCCUACUGGUCGUCAUUUUAAAAUGGACCCUUAUAUUAAAAGCUUUGAUCGAGGGUGAAAAAUCAUAACUUUUGCCGUAGGUAAAUUCGUUAUCAUUUCAUGUUUGCGCUCCUAUGGGCCCUAUUCUAUUCUAUUCUAACCCUUACACAGCCAGUAGUGAAAAGCAUCCUGGAAAACACUGCAGUUAAUCUUUAGUGUUUUUCUUGUCAACAUUAAUAUUUGAAGCAUAUUAAAAUGUGUGGCAAAUAUUAAAACGGCUAGGCCUACUGUGCAGAGUUGGGUUUGAAGAUGUUUCAAUAUUAUACGGCAAUUGAAUUAUUCAUUUAAUGAACAAUUCAACCAACGAAUCGUUUUGAAACUUGAAUGAGGAAGAAACGAGGACAACCGUACCGACCGUUUCAGAUUAUAGAGGAUUAGGAUAAAACGUUGGGAGUGACUUGGCUAAGAAGGAUAAUGUCACUCCUUUGGUCCUUUGGGGUGGGACAGAGGUAUUUACACCUUGCCCUGGCUAAAAAGUCUAGGUUAUAGCGCCUUUACUCGCUCAUAAACUUUAGAAGAACAAGGCAGAUCUUAUGUUCCAAUUCUUCUAACAUACGAAAAAAAGUUAAAUAGAACAGAUCGGAAUAGACACUAGGAAAUUCGUGCAGAUCAUCCUGGAGCUUACCGAAAACGCCUGAACAAUACGAAACUAGUGGUAAUAUGCAUUACUUACUUGCUGGUCUCAUUUCGGUUGCACGGUAUUCUAUUUACCCUUAUGUAACUUACAGGUUUGGAUCGGAAUCCUUCUUACGCGACCUUCGAUGUUUUGAUUUUCUAAGCUUCAAUGUCUUGACGGUUUUUGACUACAUCGGAAACUCGGAGUACCAGCGCUUAGAUGUUUAAUCUCGAUCCCAAUCAGCAAUCACGAUAAUGUUCGGUUUUCAAGUAACUUCAUUCCCGAAAACUUUUCUGUUUCCUAAUCAUCGAUACCUGUUCAAGUUCUUCAAUUCUCUAUUGACGCUCUGUGACUGGUGAGCCAAUGCAUGGAACAUGUGUAUGUUUUAUCACUCGGCUAGCACUUCACGACGAGAAAUAAUAACUGUAAGCUAAUUGAUAUUUCCAUUUUUUAAAAGAAAAAUGACGGGAGCGAUUUUUUUUUCGUCCGAUGGCCAUGGUUACUAUGAUAUCUUUUUUCCAUAUUUGCGCUCCUAUGGGCCCUGUCUAAAAACAUUUCAACUAAGAACAAAUUCAUAGUUCCGAUUUCCGUUUACUUAUACUACUUCAUUUUACUACUGAGUAUGUCAUUGGCUCCCAUUAUUAUCGGGUAGAUUCCUGGAGACAAUGACAUUUUGAUUCUCGUCAAGUCAAGUCAAGUCAAGCUCUAGUCUUCUACUAUAUUCUUUAUUAAAAGUUUUGCACAGUAUGCCGGUAUUUUUAAUCAAUACCGUUAUUUCUAUCAAAACUGGGUAUGUACUCCUAGGAUUUUCUUUAAACUUCGAACCCUAAAUAACACUGUGUCCACAUUGAACGCAAUUAAGAGGAAAAUCGGCUAAAAACGAAGGCGAAGCAACAAUGAGGCAACUAUGCUCCGUCGAAUUCAACAAUCCAAAGAUAGACGUAAGAAUGCGAAUUUAACCAAACGAGAAGAAAAUAACGAACCAUAUGCCGUCGGUGAAUACCACGCCAGUGCUUUUCGCAAUCAGUAAUCGAAAAUUAGAAAUCCAUGAUAGAGCUGAAACUGCGAACAUUUAACCAGGAGGUAUAUUCAACAUGUUACAUCGACAUUAAAACAUGCAAAACUAAUAACGCGUAGGAUGCUGUACGUGUUAAGUGAUCAUUAUGCUCCGACCGAAUUAGGCUACGAAAUUAUUUUACACGCCCUUAUUAUCCGGAUAUUCCUCCAUGUGCAAACAAAGUCCGUGGGAUGAGUUUCUAUUACUUUUAUGUAAAAUUUUAUUGUCAUUUUAAUAAUAAACCAUACAAUUGCGCAAUGCGGUAUUAAACCCCUAUAACCGUAAAACUAAGAAACGGUGGAAUGACGAAUUUCAGUAGCCGUGCAUGUAUGUGCAUCACACAAUCAAACAGUUUUUCGGUGUAUGUCAACCUCGGUUUUGUUCGUAUGUGGGAUAAUCCGGUCGAUGGCUGUAAUUGUAUUAGUAUCGAGCUAAACCAUUCGGAAUUCUAAUUUUUAACGAGGUAGACUGGAUUGCACAAAAAAAAUAAAAAUCGAUACGUUGCUUUGUACCGGACUUUCGCCUUGGGUUCUAGAUGCCUGGUUCCGAUUUACACCUAGACUCAUACUCUGAAUUCGGAGCAGACCCCGGAUUCGAACUUGUUCAGUCUAAAUUAGGACCAGUUCCCGGAUCUGAACCAGAUCUCGGAUCUAAACCAUCACCAGUUCCCUUACCAGGUCCGAAGAUGCACGAGGCCCAAACUCGGUGAGUAGAUUCUAAGAGAAGAAAAGACAAUCACGAGCUAAUUUGAUCCAGUCCUAAUUUCAAUUUACAACUCCAAACGGCUGUUGGGGAAUUGCCAAGCUGAAUUAAAUAAGUAUAUCGUCAAGAAGCAUAGAAAAAUGAAAUAAAUUUUUAAAUGCAACUUGAUUUGUGAAUCCUUGGUUUUGGUACGAUCUAUGAACUACAAUUAUUUUCAGCAAUUGGGAAAAGCAUGCCAGAGGGAUCUGGCAACGAUGGGUGCUUGUUGUCUUUAGUUUUUCGACCGGGCGUAGUUGAGAAACUUAAGAAGAGCAAGAAGUCUAUUGUCGCACAUUGUCGCCUAGCUGGACAAAGCCUCAAAUUUUUAUUUUGGAUUUUUUGAUAAAUUAAAAUAUUUCUGUGUUGAAUAGUUGUUUUGAAUAGAGUUUUCUCAAAACACUAAAUUUUGAAGACAAUAGCUCGAUUUUUGCAGAACUUCAAAGGUGUCAUAGCUGAAUUCUAAAGAAACUGUGUGCAUACCGUUAUUACAAUGAAAAUGUCUUAUUAAUUAAGAUUACGGUUUGAGUCAAACUGGCUUCAUUGGAAAGGUUAUUAGGCUUAGCCUUUCUUAUACCACAAACAUGGAGAAUGAAUAAUAAAUCGUUCAUUUAAUUAAAGGCAUAAUGCUCAAAGUUGUGGUACUUUUUUGCAACAGUUCGGAAAGAUUGCUUGUGCUGCAUGAUACUUGAAAAUUAGCGUACUUUCCGAAAAUGAAUUCUUGUUUCGCCCCUUUUUGCCGCGAGAUAUGAAAAAACGUUAUUUUUCACGACAUGUCAGAAGGAGACAUUUGAUUGCCCAGGGUUUGUAAUGUAAUUUAUAAAUGUCGCUCAGUGUUAUCAACAAUUGAAAUAAUAUGUGCUCUGUUUAAAAGUCACUAAACUUAAAUUUUUGAAAAUAAACGUCCGAUACAGUGCACUUUAUAUUUGUAGAUAUUUAGUUUUGAGUCACCCUAGGUGCCAAAAUAAAUUGAAAACAAGCAUCAAAUAUGAAUUUAGCGUCUUAAAAUCACCGAAAGUGAAGCUUUCGUCGAUUUCGGGUAACUUUUGAGGUUUGCAAGUAAUACCCCACCACUAUUCCGAGCCGGGUUAUCGUCUGCUUGUGUGUUGAAGCUGACCGAGUAUGAGCCGAUCUGCAAAUACAAAAUGUGUCGAGUAGUUAGUGAAAAAUGAAACCCAUCUCACUCAACAUUAUUUUCGCUUUGAUGCGCAAUACAAUGAACAACAAAAUGCUACACACUUUUAAAAGAUCCGAAGGGUCUCAUAUUCAACAUGAGUGCGACACAGAGAGUAUUUGAAUGUGCAUACAUUGCCGUUUUUCGAGUUUUUUUUUUCGAGCAUUGACAAAUGAUUUCAAGAAGAAAUGGUAGACAGUCAGUUAAAUAAAAGAAUAUUAUCUUAACUUGCAAAAACGUUUGCUUAAUAAUUUCUGAAUUCGAUCGCCUUGUUGCACAACAUCAGCACUCUAGAAAAUUUGCUAUCCUUCUCAGAAUUAUUUAAAGUUUUGAGCGAAUGCAGUAAGCGUCGCAAUACUCUAAUUUCUAUUAAUGAACUUCGCUGCUCAAAUGAGUUAGCGCCGUUUACAAGCUUCUGUUUGAUUAAGGAAGUCACAAAAAGUGCAGCUGAAGCACAUAAAAUCCGCAAAAAAUUCAAAUUACACAAGAACAUACCUCAAACCGAAAACUUACACUUUCGCAGGCCUUACUGUUAUUGUAGAAGUCAAUCUAUCUUGCAAUCAAUACUAAAGGUAGCAUAUAUCGUACGGAUUUCAAUUCAAAACCAUCCAUAUAAUUUAAAUUAUUCAUAUAUUUCAUCUUAAAAUAUAAAUUCAAUAACGAGAAAAAUAAAAUAUCACUUUUGGAUGAAUUGAUUCGAAAAUCAGAACCCUUCAAUACACUUGUCAAUAUAAUUUAUACGAUUAUUUUGUGAUGGAAAAAACCUUCAACAUAAUUUGGAUCACGUUUCUUAUAUUAAAUGCUCCACUGUGCACCGUUGCUGAUUUUGAUAAAACGCCGCCGACCUGUAAAUAUUGUACCGGUGCACAGAUCUAACGCCACGUGCUCGCACUUCUUCCGCUUCUCCUGUCUGGGCAUUGCGUGUAGGUACUUAGCCCCUUCUCGAAUUCCCUCUUCCUGCUGUGAUACUACAACCCAACUGGAACUUUGCAGUCAUCAAACUCACACCGUACGUACAUGGUUCCAAUCUCAUUUCACCAGAGAAUACCCAACUGAGCUGGAUUUGAACCCAGUCCCGUAGUGGCGCCGAGUUUGCACCAUCCUAUAUGCGAAUUUCGUAUCAUCUACCUUCAACAUAUUUGUCGUUCUCAGAUCAUCACCAGUGCCGCAGUGGUGGCUUUGUCGCCGUUGAGGAAAUAUUUCUUGUGGGAUGGUAUGCUUGUUUGAAUGAGAGCUGGUAUUUAAAAUAUUAGUCUAAAUUUAGCACUGUCGUCGGGUACAGGAAGUCCUUCGGAUUCCUUUGAACGACGGUUAUUUUAAAGCCGCCGGUUGAUCUGAUUUUCAUUAUAUGUCGUAUGGUACAUAACACAUCACUUUUUCCGCCCUCGUGCAUUAAGGGGUUACAUCACUAUAGAGCACGAAAAAAGCUAUAUUUUGGGAAUCUUUCUUAACGCAAUGAAAGGAUAAAUCGAGAUCAUUUAAAAUGGGAUUUAUAGCACUAAUUGUGAUGAACAAAAAAUAUUGUUCAUAUAAUUUCACCACAACAUGGCGGCAGCAUUUUCCCGCCGGUGAGUUUUCUUGGAAGGGGUCCACGGCUCUGAUUAGUUUCCAUUAUUCGCUGUGUACCGACUAGAGCUUCCAUCCCGGGAAUUUAUUUCCCGGAAAUCCCGGGAUUUUUGGAUUUCCCGAGAUUCCGGAUUCCAGGGAAAUUAUGUUUUCUCAUUCCCGGGAUUCGGGAAUCCAAGGAAAAAAGAUUUUUAAUUUAUUCCAAAAGGCUUAGGCUCUGCGAAAGAAAUUCUGUAGGAAAUAUUUUUACCGGCAAACAUUUGGGGUGAGUAGUGAAUGCAGAUUGUAGCGUUAAUGAUGCGCGGUACUUUCUUAAAAAAUCGACGAGUGUAUAUUACAAAACUCGGGAUGGUUUUAAGUGAUAUCAUGCUUAACGCAAACGCUAUUUAAAACAAAGAAUGUUUCUAGAACGUCUGCAGAAAUAUUUGGUCGGUUCAUCGAAUGCAUAUUUCGUCUAAUUUGUUAUACCGUAGCUGUAACAUCUGUAAAUUUUUGAAUGUAUGAAAAGAAAUACAUAACGCUGUAUCUAUCCAUAUUACGCGCAUCUAAACUCUUUGAAUGUCGCCUUCAAGGAUUCAGAAAGGUUUUUGGAAGGGAUAAGAUCAAACAAUCCAGAUACUCACCCGUAACAAGAAAUCGAUGGUAGGCUUCAUCCAUCGCUAUACAGUUCGUCCAUUAUCUGUUUGAUUUUGAUUCACACUUAAUUCGAAAUGAUGCUGAUCCUACUGUGACGGAAAUUCCAUAUAUCACAUUUUCUCAUUUGAUCGGAAAUAACUGUACACUACCCUGAAGCAGCUCGAUCUUUUCAUUCAAGAUUACUAAAGAAGGUGCUUUGCAUUCAAUUGAUUACAUUCCAUCGUAUCAGAACAACAAAUUCCAAUUUUGGACAGUAACUCCAGCAGCUUCGUUUAGUUCCAAUCGGAAUCGUAAUUACCAAGAAAAAUCAUCAAAAGAAGUUGAUGUUGCGUAAACUUAUUGACGAGUUAUCGAAUGAUUGAAUGAUGUGUAGGCCACCAAAUCGCCAUUUUCUGACAACUGCCUUUAGGACAAAUAUAGAUGCAAUCAAACGGGUUAGAAAACUUUUCGAUUUAUUCUUUUGUUUUCAAAAAAAUUAUUCACCUUUUUAUUUUUCUUCUGUAUUCCCGGGAUUCCGGGAUUUCCCGGGAAAUUUAUUAUUUAUUUUCCGAAUUCCGGGAAGGUGAAAACCGUCGGGAAAUGGAAGCUCUAGUAUCGACAUUAUCAGUUUGUAGUGUUAGGUCUGUUUUCGGAUCGCUGUUUAAUCUUUAUCUACCAAAGAAAGUACACCGAUUUAGCACGUAAAGUGUGUAAAUCAGUCAAAAUUAUAAUGAAAAAAACCAAAUUUUAGAUUUCAGAUGAUGCUUCAUAGUGACAGCUCUGCCUGAGAUAGGCUGGGAAUUUUUACUUUUCCGCAUCGUGUUUGAAAGAUUUUUUAAAACUCAGAUUUCUCGGAAUUAAUGCAAAAUACAUUUGUAAACAUUGAUUCCAUUCAGUACAGAAAAAUUAUAAACUUUUCUUGUUUCUUGGGGUAAUUGCGAUGUAUCACAUCUAACAAAUACCACAGCUCUGGUUUUUCACGUCUAACUGACAGCAAGUUGGUGUCAGUUAGUGACGAGUAUAAUAAGAAACUCAAAAAAACGAACGACCGUUUUUCAUACUUAAAACAGAAUAGUAGCAAAUAUGUCACUUCGAAGAAUGAAGACUUUAUCGCCGCACAUUUAUAAAAAAAAUCAUUGCUUUUUUUCAUUAAACGUUUAUUUGACACGGCAUUUGCAAAAGCUUUUUUACGCCAUGGUUUCUUUUUUACAUAACAAGUUACAAAAGUUCUUAGGACUAUCACGUUAUAAUAAAUAUUCACUUCCUAAUACUAACACCGAGGAUAAGCAUCAUUUUAAAUAUUUUUAUUUAUAUUCUAUUUUCUUGAAUUUCAUUGUAAACCUUUUGUUAGAUUUUUCUGUAAUGUUUGUUUAUUUUCUUUCCUUUAUUUAUAUUGUUUGAUCUAACUUAACUAACUGCGAAGAAAAUUGUUUGUGGGUAGCAAGGGAUAAAAAACUAGGAACACCUGAAAAUGAUAAACAUGACCCAUGUAUAUAAGAUCUCCUAAAGCGAGGAUAUCACGAACAGGAACAUAGGCCGGUUAUCUUCGGGCUCGUAAGGAGUCUAUUAAUUGGGAUCUGGCUUUACGAUAUUCAGUGCAAGACCAAACAACAUAUUCAAUGUUGUUCGUAACCCUCUCCGCAAGCACAUUGAUUAUCUUCUGCGAUCUCAUGCGAUCUGCGUAUAAUGGUUGGACAUGAGCCUAGACAUCACACGAAUGAAGUUUCGACUUACAUAAAAACCCUUUGAACCAUGCCUUCGUCGAUACUUUAGUGAUAAUGGAGUGCAACCACCGUCCCAGAUAUCCAUUGUCUCAUGACGUUUGCCAACUAGUAAGCGUCCUCUGACGAGAAGCGCUAUAAAAUUCAUUAAAAGCAAUAUGUCUUUCAUAGAUGUCACCCUUCAGUGCCCCUAUUUUGGCUAAAUUAUCUGCUCUCUCAUUACCCGGAAUGGAGCAAUGAGCGGGAAUCCACACUAAGGUGAAUUGAUAAGAUUUAUUUGUUAAUUUAGUUAAGUAUUCUCGUAUCUUCUUCAAAAAGAACGGAGCGUAAUUAUCAAGCUUUAAUGAGCGCAAUGCCUUAAUUGUGCUGAGGCUAUCUGUGAGGAUGAAAUAAUGGCUCGGGAGUAAAGUAUCAAUGAUUACCAGACUAUAGUGAACUGCUGCUAGUUCGGCUGUGAGUAAAAAUUUCUGAAGUGGCCCCCCAAUUUUUCACAAAGUGGUGAAUUUUGCAAAACAUGUUUUAAUUUUAUUGUUUAGGUACCCCUAAACAUCUUCGUGAAAUAUUAUGUCG